CUGUUUUGUGUCGGUAUAGCACCUAGUGCAGUGAGGUUGGUCUGUGGCUGAGGCGCUGAUUAAUUAUUAACAAUAAAUGAAGGUCGCCAUAGUGUGAGGAGCAGUUGGGGUGGGAAGUGUCACAGAGAGACCUCGAUGCCAUAGGGUGAUGGGUGGGGCAAAUGAACUCGUUGUCUCUGACUGGAGUGUUACUGUACAGUAACAGAGAACAGAUGAUUUAGUGGUGGGAUUUCUCUGGUUUCCUUCUGCCUUUUACAAAAAUCCCUGUUUGUUUGUCAGCCUGACUCUCCACACAGUACUGCCUGGCUUUCCUGCACAUCAGCACUAGACUAAGAACCAACUGUGUUUUCUAUUGCCUCCUUGGAAGAGCUGGUUGGGAAUUCUUGGGCAAAACUUUUUUUUUUUUUUUUGGUUGGAAAGUGCUGAUUUGUCAUACCAGUUUUGAUAAAAAUUUCCUCAAGUCGGGAUGGAAUUUCUGGUCAGAGAGACAGACAGCUUGAAUGACUUUCCCAUAUUUAGUGUGGUCUUGUCCAGGGAGGAGAUAACUCUGGAGUUGAUAGCAGAAUGGUUACUCCUUCAACUCGGCCUCUGUUGGAUGUGUCUUGAGGUGAGUGGUAGAAGUGUAGGAGCACAGGCUGACCCAGUGGUUAGGUUAGCUGGCAUAUUGGGAGACCUGGGUUCAAUUCCUUGCUCUUCUACAGGGUUCCUAUGCUACCUUGAGAAAGCCACAUGGGGGGAAGAUUUUCAAAGUCAUUUAAGCACUAAAUUCCCAUUGACUUUCAAUGGACAGCAAGUGCCAUUUGUGCCUUAAAAAAUCUCCCUCUUUGUCUCUCUGUGCCUCAAUUCCCCCUCUUUAAAGUAUGGGAUAAUACCACUGCUCAACUUCACAGGGAUGUUAUGAGGACAGGUAUGUUAAAGAUUGUGAGGCACAGCAUCAUAGUAACAGGGGGCCGUCCUGUAAGUUUAGAAAGGACUAACGGUGUUCAAGAAAGCUUCUUGUCCUUGCUUCCACCAGAGGGCGCCCCUCUGUCCAAUAAUGAACACUUACAUCUCGCCUCCUGCUGCUUCUGGUCUAUUUCAUAUCCGUGCAGCUUUGCAAAAGCAUCUCAAGGACUAAUCAUCAGAUAGCAGGUGUCAGGCUUCUCUUUUCUUUUUGGUUUGAUCUCUCUCUCUCUUUUAAUACAUUUCUUUUCAAAGGGUGGGCUCUGGCUUCCCUCUGGAACCGGCUCCUAAGAAGUGCAUCUGCCUGAGGAAUUCUGGGCUCAGGAGGAUUUGCUUUCUUCUUCUUUCUUUCUUUUCUUUUUUUUUUUUUACAACACCUUUCUUAGGGUCUUAUUAAAAAUAAGAAAGGGACUAGGAUGGAAAAGGAGAGCAGGACGCCUACCCGCUAUGGAUCGUUGGAGUCAACCAAGUGGACAGCUGCAGACCCAGCCAAAGAAGAAAUUGUUUCCAUGGCCGAUUCGACUACAACCGUGGAUGACAUAGAAGGGGAGCUCUUUAAAAUCGAGAGGAUAAGAGAGGUCCUGGUGAGAAGGGAAUCAGAGCUGAGAUACAUGAUGGAUGACAUUCAGCUUUGCAAAGAGAUCAGUCGGCUGAAAAAGGAGCUCCAGAAACUCAUCGCACUCCCAGAGAAAGAAAAGUCCAACGAGGAGAAGCAGAGGGAGGAGGAGCUGGUGCAGCAGAUACACAAGCUGGUGGAAACCCGGGAUUUCCUGGUGGAUGACGUUGAAUUUGAAAGACUGAGGGAAAGAGAAGAAGACAAAGAAAUGGCUGAAUUCCUGCAAACGAAGCUCUCCAAAAGCUGCCUCCAGAAAGCAACCCCUGUCAAAGAGAAGAAGAUGACGUCCAGAGGACAGCAAACCUCCACACCAUACAUGACCAAAACAGGCCUCACCCUGCUCAAGGAAUGCUGCGGUUUCACCUGUUCCAUUAUGUAGACUCACUCCCUGGUCUCCUCUGCACAGGACAAGAUCAUGGCAGGCCUGCAGGCAGAGUCUGUGGCUCCUGACAGCUUCAACCUCCCUUCAUUCCUCAUGCUUCCCACAGCAGCACAAAGAUGGAAAGACAUUUCCAAGAGGGCUGGUGCAAGCUUGGACGUUGGCUUGUUUUCUUGAUGCCACUUAAGUGGGAGUCGCCUUCAUGACAUUAAAAUCAAAUUCCGUCUGAUCUCAGCAUGGACGGGGCUUAUCCAGCAGCAGAUCAGGUGCAAUUGAAGUGGGUUUGCUUCUUGUUCUUAACUGAACAGGAUCAAAAAAGACCUUGGAAAGUUUACAUUCAGUGACCGUCGGCCCCGCCCCUCCCCACCCACCUGAAAUACUGUGAUGCUGCAGCUGGGUGUCAAGCACGCCUCUAGCUUCAUACCAUUUCAUGGCUCUUUUGUUCUAUGGGCUGCCUCCAAAGGACACGUUCCAGGAAAGCCUUGAUUUUAGACAUAUCUGCACUCUGCUUGAUUGUCACGGGCUUUGUGGUUAUGGGUAAGGCUGCAGAUUUGUCACAGCAUCUUGUAUCAGAAGUCACAAUUCAGGCAUGGUCAAUUUAUAAAAGUCACUGGUUUGGGAUUGUGGAUAAAAAUUGCCAUGACAAACGAGGAGGAAGGUCCCAGGUGGAGUGUGAGCCCACCCCACCUUUAUCCCUCAGUCAGUGGUGACUCCUGUCAUAGAAUCAUAGGGUUGGAAGGGACCUCAGAAGGUCAUCGAGUCCAACCCCCUGCUCAAAGCAGGACCAAGCCCUAAUUUUUGCCCCAGAUCCCUAAAGGGCCCCCUCAAGGAUUGAACUCACAACCCUGGGUUUAGCAGGCCAAUGCUCAAACCACUGAGCCAUCCCUCCCUGUCCCAUGGCGCUGGGCCCUGCUCCCCACACUGCUACUUGGUACAUGUGGUCUCAGCGUUGCUCAGGUUGGACUUGGCCACGCCUCCAUCAUGAUAAUGGAGGGGCAGCCAGGCCAAACCUGAGCAGUGCUGUGACCCAUGCGCCUGGUCACAAUGCCCCGAGCGGAGAGCCAGGCCCAGCCCCAUGGGGCAGGAGCUGCUGCUGUGGGUUGAGUUUAUUAAAACCACAGACAAAAAGAUAAGUCACGGACAAGGAAGAUCUUGGUAUCUGGGACAUUUUUCUCACCAUGCCAAACCUGUAGUCCUGGUUUUGGGUAAUGCUCGGAGAAAGGUCAGAGUUCAAGUCCAGGAGGGAUGUCCGUAUGGGUUUGAAUGAUAAUAUAAUAAUACCUAGCUUUUAUACAGAGCUUUUCCUCAGCAGCUCUCAGUGAUUUCCAAAGGAGGUCAGUACUAUUCGCCCCAUUUUAGGGGUGGGGAAACUGAGGCAGGAAGUGACUUUGGCAAGGAGACCCAGCAGUAGAGCUGGGAAUAGAAAUCAGGUGUCCGGACUCCCAGUGCACUGCUCUGUCUACUAUGCCACACCACCCACGUUCUCAACAGCUUACGUCCUGAGUACGGCCCUGCUGUGUUCAAACUGGGGUGGGGCAAACUGGUUUUAAACUCAGUGGAGCACUGUGGGUUCUGUCCCAACCCCAGUGUUACUGGGUCCGUGAUCUGAAGAGGAGAACAGGUGACGGAGCAGAGAGGAAGGAGAGAAAAACAGAGCAAAGAGCAGAGUGAAAAACACAUAGAAAGCGAUGGUGGGGUGAGAGGGAUGGGGAAAGGCACAGCAAGAAACUCCUACUGACAGCCUCGGUACAGUGGCUCAGCUGCUGCCCUCGGCUACACCAGCACAGCCCUAUGGGAAUCAGUGGGGUGACUGAGAGGAGAAUAUCUGGCCUAGUUGUAGCACCCACUUGUGCCAGUCUAGCCUUGGGAUUCUUCUGCCUGGUAGCUGGCUGCCCUGUGGCUAGGAACCCGUGUUGAUUCUUUUCAUUGACUCACCCUUUGGACAAGGAACUUAGAUGACCUGGAAACAUCAUCUGAGAGGGUCAGAAAGGCCAGAGCUGCACCGGAUUAAUCCAGGCCUCAUUUUAACCCUUCCUAUCCCACGCCAAUGUGCUGCCAUCACAGUCAGAGCCAUUAUUGCAGUAGCUCAGCAGGACAGAUGCCCUCUUCCUUUUCUGGCCAUGUGUCCUGCAGGGCUGGGGCUGCAUUGCUCUGUCCAUCAUUGCUAGUGGAGGUUGAGGUCACUGCCAUUUGACUUCAUUCAGAGCGUUUCUACCCUGCCUGUGUUCUGCCGUUCGUACUGGCAAAGGUUUUCUCUGGCAGACGUUUUGGAGCAUCCUCUCCCAUGCACACGGUGGCCUACGAGCUCUUUGCCUGACAGGCUGGCCCUGCAGCUCUGCAGCAAAGCCUUCCCAGCAAUGCGCUGAAGCUCCUGUCUGCUUUUGCCUGUCAGUGUGUCAAUUGCGGGCUGGCUGGUGGCGUGUCUUACACUGAGCUGAGGAACCUGCGUGGUCACAUACCGCUUCAAGCCUCCAUGCAUUUCCUGCUCCAUGCACUUGGUGCCAUUUUUAUCCCAACUAUGCCCCGCCCAGACAGUAAUCUCCUCUCCAUCCCGUCCGGAACCAGCUCUGAGUCCCUUGCAUGUCAGUUAAUCAGCACUGCCAAAACACAGAGCGUAUCAGCCCGGCUUCCUCACCUUGCCAGCGGGCAUCCCGUUGGCUUUUCCGUCUUGCUUAAAUUCCUCUCCAGCUGGUUUAUUCAGUGCUUUGCCUGUGUUUGCAGCCAGACAAUACAGGCUCACCUAAGGGAUGAGUUCAGUGGUCUCAGCCUAGUGCCUGCAUUAAUUACUUAUUGGCUGGUUCAUUCCCAUAGAUUAGUGCCUGCAACAAUGGCAGCUUGGCACUUCCUAGAGUAUGCAACACUCUGUCGCCGAGCUGCCGUGUCUCUGGGCUCGCUGAGCUAUGGCCCAGGCCAUAGCAAAGUAGGAUAACGUCUCAGGCCAUGAGCUACGGUAUCCAGGCCUGAUCUGGCUGCUUCCCAGCUGCUCUGUGAUCCCUGGAGUGCUGUGGCCAAAGGGCCCCGGGCUGCUCUCCUGUCAUACACCUUCUUGAAUUUAGGUGUUGGUCGUCACCUGUAAAGCCCGAAAUGAUUGGGACCUGAGAGACCGCUCCGCUCCCCAUGCCACAGUGCUGCAGUUGGGCUCAGUAGAGCUGCUUGAGUCAUUGGCCCUUGGUCGCCAAGGGAGGGCGGUCUCUGUAAGAGACAUUCAAUUUGCUGCUCACGCCCAAACCUGGUCUGAAAUGCCCCAAAUGUGUGGUCCUUCAGGGCCCCCCAGUGCUGUCUGGCUCUUUGGGCAGGCAUCUGAGGAGGGCUGAGGUGGCUGGAUUAGGUGGAGGCUGGGGGGAUUUUGAUCUGUUUUGUAAUCUGUGUUUUCUUCCUGUGGUUUUACUAUGUUUGGGGGUGGGGAGGAGGGCAAUAUGUUGCUGGUUUGGCUGUGUAGUGUAAUUUGAACUAACGGUGCAGUAUGAUCUCGCAUAAAGGAGCACCCUGCUUUUCUGUGGCUCUAUUUAAACCCAAACAAAUACACAUAUCUGGGAAGCCUGGUGCCGAAAUCUGACAGCCCUACCCACAGCGAUGCCGGGGACGUGGCUGUGUAGGAGCAGGGAUUUGAGAUGGCAGCUAAGGCUGGGCUCCCAACAUCCAUACAGACAGUGGGGAACCUGCUCUGGUGUCAUCCACUGGCUUGAUAGCACAGGAGGACAGAGAAAGCCUCCAGCAGUCACAGUUAAAUAUCAGCUCAAGUCCCUUUGUUCACUUUCCUUUGCAUAAUUUUUUCUUUUGAAAUAGUCUUGAAAUGGCUUCAAACGCAGGAAAUUGCCUCCAGGGUUUACAUUUUUUCCAGGGCAAGAAGUCCCAGAGUCUCCAUUUUGAUUUGUUGAUCUUGCAUUCUCUGUCCUCAGCAUGUCUAAAUGGUGCCGUUUAUAGGUGAGGGGGUGGAGAUGCUGGGGAUGCCCCCCCCAACCCUGCACAGGGCACUUACACUUUUGCUUGGGAGAGGUGUGGGGGGGAAGCGGGGACUGAGCUCCCCCUUCUCUUGUUCUUGCUUCUGCCCAUCAUCAGCUGAUAACACAGCCCCCUCCAUACAGAGGGUGGCAGCCACCAGCACCAAAUGAGCCCUGCCUCCUAUUUCAAUCUGCUUUAACCCCUUCCUGGGGGGCAAAACAUUUUUUAAGAGCAAUGGGAGCUGCUGGGUUUCUGAACCCGAGUUUCAGGGCGUGAGCCAGGGUGCUCGAGCUCAGACUGAGCCCUUUGGCAGAGCUGUAUGACGGAUCAUUAAUGCAGUGGCUGGGGUUGCUGUGAGUCGGGCUUGAGGUGCAUUGGCAGAGCUAUGUGGCAGCCUGGAUUAGGGUAGCAGGGGUGCUGAGGGUCACUGAGGUGUAUUGGCAGAGCUGUGCAGAUGCCAUGCCCAGGACGGGCUAGCAGGGAGGCCAUUGGUCAAGCCUGAAGGGCAAUGGCGGAGAGGUGCAGGGGCAUGGACUGGCAAAGCAGAGGGUGCUGAGGCACCAAAGCAUGAUGCUCAUGGAACUAGCAUGAGUAUGUAUCCGCGAGUAUGGAGACACACGCACAGCUAGUGCAGACAUAACCUGGAGCACUGCCCGAUCCCGCACUCCCCGUCUGCCAGUGCGGGGCGCUGCUCAGUAGCCAGCUGGGAAAUCAGCGAUGGCCUACUCUGCCCCACCUCCAAGCUGUCUAAUAUUUUAGAGGGGCUGGAGACCCUGCCCGGCCCACUGUAAGCCUUGUGUGCAGCCUCCAGAUGAUAGCUACAUCAUGCACUUGCAGGGCCUGGAUCAGGCUGUGCAAAGGGACAGAGAACAGGGUGGUAACACCUAACCCAUAACCCUGCCCUACCUUACUGGGCACUUGUAGGAAGUACUGUCAAGGUCUUCAGUGUUAGGGUUUAAAGGUGAUGAUCUUUGACUACUAUUGUCAAACAAGCGAACACUGCACAGGAUGUGACGGCCCAGCACAUAGCUAGGCCUCAGAAAUGCGAGUGUGGAGAGCUGGCAUCGCCGUCUCAGCAUUGAUACCGAUGGCGGGAGCACUAGGAACACGCAGGCACCUCUGAGUUCUGGAGCACCUCGGGCAGGGCACGUAUCUGGCUCAGCAGCUGAUCGGAACUGUUAGCAUACAGCAGAAAGCUACCGCCAGGUGCCAGUCACUCACUAUGUGUCCCCAAAUUCCCACGCAAGAUCAAUUGGUUGCCAAGUUCAGUUGGACCUAUUCCUGGAGGUUUCACCAUAUGACUUAAUCUUUCAUUAAAAAUUGAGCUUUAAUGCCUGGAGACUCCAGGACAAUCCUGGAGGGUUGGCAACCCUAACUGCAUUAAGCGUGAUCUACUAUUCAGACCCUACAGGAACCAAGGUCAUUUGAAUACCUCUUGUGCUAUGUCAGUGGUUCCCAAUCUGGGGCUCGCAGCACAUCACUGCUCCCUAUGUGCUUGCUAGUGGGCCCUGGAGAGCUGGCUGGUCCUGCAGUGGGGGUGCCUCCCUCUUGUUCCAGCUGCAUGGCAUGAAAGACAGCAAUGAAUACAUUAAACACUCCCCUAAGACUACUGUGCCAUGUGUGCAAUGGCUGAAGGUGUCCAAGGGAUCGUAUACAAAAGCCAAUGGGUGGGGACGUGGUCCCUUCAGUGUGAAAUAGGAAGGUAGGUGGUCCCUGUGAUAGCCAAUGAGAGAGGAGGUGGUCUUCAUGAUAGCGAAUGAGAGGCAAGGUGUUCUUUAUGAUAGCAAAUGGGAAGGGAUGUGGUCCCUGCAUUGGUCAAUAGGAAGGCAAGUAAUCCCUGUGGUAGCCGGUGGGAGGGGAGAUGGGGCCAUGUUGAUAGCGAAUGAGAGGACAGGUGUUCUUUCUGAUAGUGAAUGGGAGGGGAGUUUUGCAAGAGACAAUGUCUCUAGUUAGAUGUGGGUCCCACCAUAGACAGGUGUGAGAUCCUCCUGCAUUGUCACAAAGGCUAGGGUUUUUUUCUCUGGGGGACUGGAAAAAUUUCCCAGUGCUCUAAGGAAUGGAGCUGUCACCCUGGGUCCUGAUACUGAGCCGUUCACUGAAGUGCCUGUGGCCAAACACUCCAUCUGCUAUCCAGGAUCCAAUUGCACUGCACACCAUAUGGGCCGGAUUCACUGGUCCACUCCUGCCAUGCAAAGGGGGCUUAAACUAACCAGGAAUGACCAGCAGAGACUCCCUUGAAUGGGGGAGCUCUCCCUGGCAGAAAGUUGGAGGAAGCAGACCCUGCUCCUGUACCAACACCCCCCUGCCCUCUGCAUAAGGGGAGAGAGAGGGCAUGGGGGAGGGAUGGCAGGUAGAUCUCUGUGAUGCCUGAUCCGCCAUAGGUAUACAGUCACUGGGGGCCCUUAUGCCAGUGAUCUAAAUUGGAAGUGCUCGUCAAAAGCUCUGUGUUAUGCUGGGGCCUGAUGACACGGUCUCAGAAUUCUGACCAACAUCUUGGCCCACCACCCCACCAUUGUGCCCAAGCAGCGCCCAAGCAGGGUGGAGAAUCCAGCCCUCUAUGAUAAUUUGCUCUGGGUAUAAUCAUUUUGCCACUGCACAUGUGUUGCUGGGAGCUGCAAUGAUAAACGCGGGGGGAUCGUUUAUUACAGAGCCAAUGACUUCAAACAUACGAAAAACGUUUGGGACUAAACUGAGAGCAGAUAUCGUCUCAACAUUCAGCGUUCCAUGCAGGGCUUCUAUGUCUGAUAUCAGUAAAAAUCAAGUAGCUGUUCUUGGGCUUUCCAGUGGUCUCUGCAAUUAUUUCAACUUAAAACACUGGACCAUGUCCUUAACUGACAUAAAUCGGUGUAGCGCCAUUGACGUCAGUGAGGCUACACUACUAUACUCCAGCUGAGGAUCUGUCCCUUCCACUUAAAGAUGAUUAUAUCCAAGAAAACAGAGAUGGAGAAUGCACUCUCCACCAUGUCCAUUCUCCACCAAGUCUAGAGCUCACUUCCACUUUGUUGCAAAUGCAGAUUCGUGAUAGACUUUGCUCUCUCUCCAGAUCACACAUUGGACCCUGCUCCCAAAAGCUGUAAAUAAAUAACCUAAUGGGGACAAUUUAUUGAUGUCAAAAUAAAAAGCAAACGUUCA